GAAUAGACGGUGUGAAUGAAAAAUAUAUAUAAAAAAAAAAAGUUAUCGACGAGAGAAACUCAGAAAAGCAGAGAACUUUAUUCUCUCCUCUAACCUCUCAACUUCUGCUGGAUCUCUCCAGCAGACGGAAGAUCUUCUUCGGAGAGAUUCUUAGGGGACCGAACGAUCUAUCGAUCAAGGCUUCUCGGGCAAACAGCUGAGGAUGACUUUUUAGAAGUGCAGAAAUGGACCACGACAAGACAGGAUGCCAAAGCCCACCCGAGGGUCCCAAGCUAUGCAUCAACAACUGCGGUUUCUUCGGAAGCGCUGCCACAAUGAACAUGUGUUCCAAGUGCCACAAGACUAUCUUGUUUCAACAGGAACAGGGGGCCAAGCUUGCAUCUGCAGUGUCUGGAUCACCCAGCAACAUCCUAAAGGAAACCUUCACUGCUGAUUUGGUUGAUGCUGGAACCAAAUCCAUCGAGCCUGUGGCUGUCUCUGUACAAGCUGUUGCAGAGGUAGUAGCACCAGAAGAAGCUGCAGCAAAACCAAAGGAAGGGCCCAGCCGAUGUACUACUUGCAACAAACGGGUUGGUUUGACUGGAUUCAAAUGUCGAUGUGGUGACCUCUUCUGUGGUACGCACCGCUAUGCAGACGUUCAUAACUGCUCUUUCGAUUACCAUGUUGCUGCGCAAGAAGCUAUAGCCAAAGCGAACCCGGUUGUGAAGGCAGAUAAGCUUGACAAGAUCUGAAACUCAGAAACUAUGUUUCCUUCUUCAUGUCCGUGUCUGGUUCAAGCGUGUGUUGAUCUUUAGCUUCUUCCGUUCUCUCUGCCAGUAUCUGUGGUGUGAAAACUUUCUAUAUUAUCUUGUGUUUGCAAGCAGAGAAGUGUGCUCUUAAAUAUAUAUAUAUGCUUUGAUGUGUUUCUCUUUUUUUUUUUUAAUAUUAUUUAUGAGCACUAUGGUUUGGUUAUGUUUACUCCUUUGGGUCUGUAUCAUAUUGAGAUUGUAACUUUAGCUAUAUGAAGAUUUUUCUUAAAA